AACAUCUGGAUUUUAAACCUAACGACAAUGAUAACCCGUAUACAUAAUCCUAACCUUCAAAUAAGACCAAUAAGCCAUUUAUUUAAUUCAUUUUUGCUAUAGACAAUUUUGACUUUGCGUUUGUAGUAACUAGUGGAAACCCAAACAUCCGGAUUCCAAAGUCAUAUGACUAGCCGCCAGCGCAGUGUCAUUUAAUAGCCUCACAGCUAGCAGCACACUGUAACGUAGCAGGUAACCACUGAGUUUCGUUAAUUUAACCAUGGCAACAUUGGUGGGAAACAGGACAAUGGACAUCAACGGACCUGCUGCGGCAAGGACACACACACAGGCUGUGACCAGAAACUACAUCUCACAACCAAGGCUGACUUAUUCUACUGUGUCUGGAGUGAAUGGCCCCCUGGUGAUUCUGGAUAAUGUGAAGUUUCCCAGGUAUGCUGAGAUUGUGCAUCUGACUUUACCUGAUGGCACCAGGAGGAGUGGCCAGGUGCUGGAGGUGAUUGGCACCAAGGCUGUCGUACAGGUGUUUGAGGGGACAUCUGGUAUUGAUGCCAAGAAGACGGCCUGUGAGUUCACCGGUGACAUCUUGCGCACACCUGUGUCUGAGGACAUGCUGGGACGUGUUUUCAAUGGCUCAGGCAAGCCAAUUGACCGUGGCCCCACUGUGCUGGCUGAAGACUACCUGGAUAUCAUGGGCCAACCCAUCAACCCUCAGUGCCGUAUCUACCCUGAGGAGAUGAUCCAGACUGGUAUUUCUGCCAUCGAUGGGAUGAACAGCAUUGCUCGAGGUCAGAAGAUCCCCAUCUUUUCUGCCGCUGGCCUCCCCCACAACGAGAUUGCUGCCCAGAUUUGUCGUCAGGCUGGCCUGGUGAAGAAAUCCAAGGAUGUGAUGGACUACAGCGAUGAUAACUUUGCCAUUGUAUUUGCUGCCAUGGGGGUGAACAUGGAAACUGCUCGCUUCUUCAAGUCGGACUUUGAGGAGAAUGGAUCCAUGGACAAUGUUUGCCUGUUCUUGAACCUAGCCAACGACCCCACUAUUGAGCGCAUCAUAACCCCGCGCCUGGCUCUGACCUCAGCUGAGUACCUGGCCUACCAGUGUGAGAAGCAUGUCCUGGUCAUCCUGACUGACAUGAGCUCCUAUGCCGAAGCUCUGAGAGAGGUGUCAGCUGCCAGAGAGGAAGUCCCUGGCCGUCGUGGUUUUCCCGGUUACAUGUACACGGAUCUGGCUACCAUCUACGAGCGUGCCGGCAGAGUGGAGGGCAGGAACGGCUCCAUCACUCAGAUACCCAUCCUCACCAUGCCCAACGAUGAUAUCACCCAUCCCAUUCCUGAUCUCACUGGGUACAUCACUGAGGGACAGGUCUAUGUGGACCGACAGCUGCACAACAGACAGAUCUACCCACCCAUCAAUGUGCUGCCCUCUCUGUCUCGAUUGAUGAAGUCUGCCAUCGGUGAAGGAAUGACUCGUAAAGACCAUGCUGAUGUCUCCAACCAGCUGUAUGCCUGCUAUGCCAUUGGUAAGGACGUGCAGGCCAUGAAAGCCGUGGUCGGAGAGGAGGCCCUCACCUCCGAUGAUCUGCUCUACCUGGAGUUUCUGCAGAAGUUUGAGAAGAACUUCAUCGCUCAGGGCCCCUAUGACAACAGGACCGUCUAUGAGACCCUGGACAUUGGCUGGCAGCUGCUCCGAAUCUUCCCCAAAGAGAUGCUGAAGAGGAUUCCCCAGAGCACCUUGGCUGAGUUCUACCCGAGGGAGUCUGCCGCUCGUCACUGAGCACCUUCAGCUGCUCUGACCUCCCCCCCGAAUCCUCUCACCCCCUUAGACAAGUGUUGACCCCCCCCCCCCCGACCACUCAGAGAACAGAGCAAUGAUCUCAGCUCCCUCUAGAUGUAUUCUACUGUAUCUGUUUCCAGAAACUCGUAUGGUUAGUGUCUGUGAUUGUAUCUGUACAUUUUGUUCAGAGAUGUGAACUUGCCCUUAAAUCAAAGAAUGAUCCUGUUAUUUAUUGGGGUAUUUUACUGCUAGGUUUUGUUUAUUGAAUGUUGUCCCCACCUAAACUAAAUUCAGCCUUCCAAAAAUCUAAAAACAUCCUAUACAUUAGAGCUUGACAGGAAUUGUUAUGUUCUCUUUUACAUUUCAAUGGUUUGAAUUUGUCCAAUAUGUUUGUCACCCUGAAGAUAGCACUUCAUUCACUUAUUUCAGAUAGGGGUAAGUUACUUCUUAACCAUAUCUGAAAUUGUACCACUUCACCAAACACCUGGGAGGUCAAAGUGUCAUGACGUACUUUAAUGUAUUAGACCGAACAUCAUUGGUACUUAAAUGUUUACUUUUAUAGGCAUGAGGUAAGGGUUUCGAUAUUUGACACACUUUUGGGCCACUUGAAAUUCUCUAUUGUAGAUAUAGACCUUUCUGUGAACUGUGAUUACUUAUUUCUUUUUGGCCUCUGUUGCUUGGUGUAAUUACUAUUGAAAGAAAAUGAUGUUUACAUUGUUUGCUGUAUGUAUGUGCUGUUCAAAUAAAAAUAAUACUAAACAUUC